AUGGGAUUCUUGGAGAUCAAUGAUACAACUGGUCAAGGUAUUUUUGAUGUGCUAGUGAAAGAAUUAAAGAAUCUUGGUCUUGACAUAGAUAAUAUCAAAGGACAAGGCUAUGACAAUGGGUCAAAUAUGAAAGGAAAACAUCAAGGUGUACAAAAGAAACUUCUGGAUAUAAAUCCUAGAGCUUUCUAUUCUGCUUGUGGCUGUCAUAGCCUUAAUUUAACACUAUGUGAUAUGGCCAAGACUUGUGGUAAAGCCAAUGAUUUUUUUAGAAUCAUCCAACGUAUCUACACAACAUUUGCAAAAUCUACUAAGAAAUGGCAGAUUCUGAAAGAUAACAUAACUGGACUAACUCUAAAGUCAGUGUCAUAUACUCGCUGGGAGAGUCGUGUUGACAGUGUUAAAGCUAUUAGGUUUCAAUGUGCAAAUAUUCGGGAGGCUCUACUUCAAGCAUCUGAUAGUGAUACUGAUCCUUUGACAAGAAGUGAGGCUAAAGGUUUAGCAAAUAAUGAACUUGGAGAGUAUGAAUUUUUAGUGUCAGUGGUCAUUUGGUAUGACUUAUUAUAUGCUGUUAACCUAGUAAGCAAAGAAUUGCAAUCACAGGAUAUGCUAAUUGAUGUCGCUAUUGAGAAAGUGCAGGGAUUGAUAUCUUUCUUCAACCAAUAUAGAGAAACUGGUUUCUCAAAUGCACUAGAGGCAGCUACAGAAAUUGCACUUGACAUGGAUAUUGGUACAUCAUUUCGUAAGAAAAGGAAAAUUAAAAGAAAGAGGCAUUUUGAUGAGAAUCCGGAUGACUCAAAUGAUGCCACAGAAUCUGUAGAGGAAUUAUUUCGACGUGAAUAUUUUAUACCAAUUGUUGAUCAGACUAUUUCCUCUCUUACUACAAGAUUUGAACAGUAUCAAGGUUACAAGAAAGACUUUGGUUUCUUAUUUACUUCCGAUGCAUUGCGUUCUUUGGAUAAUAAGAGCUUGAAAUCUUCUUGUCAGCAUCUUGGGGCUGUACUUAAACGAGAUGGACAAUCUGAUAUUGAUGCCGAUGACCUUUAUGUCGAGUUGAUUUUUCUUCAGGAUUUUAUUCCAUAA